UUCGGGAAAGCCUUGUUAUUUUGUGAUCUGGGUCAGUAAAAUUCGGCGGGGCUGAACCAGGGAUUACGUGUAUGUUUCGAAGAUUCUGUUCAGGUCAUGAGCAACCAAGCAUAGGUGACAAGGCUUAGAAAUUGAAUCUGGUUGUCAGCAAAAGGAUUGUGAGCAGGCAAGCUUGAGGGGAAUUCAAGACAUUCAACAGUAAGGAAGGAUGACGGAGAAUGGCCCUCAGACGAAUGGGCCAUCUAGCCCCCCCUCAGGGAAAUACAUAGAUACCAUAGAUCCAGAUGACCCUGAAUAUCAGCGGCGCAUGAUGCGCCCUGCAGAUGUGCGGGAAGAUGUGAAGCACAUGGAGGACCGUAGUCGUGUGUCCCUCAUCCUCAACAGUGAGGCGUUUCGUAAGGAGUUGGAGGAAAUUGUGGAUGAGCAGAUCAAAUCGGGACCCCACCCUGCAAGUCUCCUAGCAUUACAGCAGAUCUCUGACCUCCUCCUCCCUCGCAACCACAUUGGCCGUGCCAGACAAUCUCUUGGCCCCGUCAUUCCAAUAUCAGAUAUCCAUGGCACGGACACGAUCAAUUACUGCAAAGGGGAGAAACUGCUGCGAUGUAAGGUGGCUUCAUGUUACAGACUUAUUGAGAUGAAGGGCUGGACCCAUGGAAUCUUUAAUCACAUCAGUGCGAGAAUCAACCAGGAACUGGAACACUUCCUGAUAAACCCCUUUGGACUGCUGUACUCUGAGGUUACAGCUUCAUCCCUUGUCAAGGUUGACAUGCAGGGUGAGGUGGUAGAUCAGGGCACAACAACCCUCGGCAUCAACAAAGCUGGCUUUACUUUGCACUCUGCUAUUCACCAGGCCCGCCCUGAUAUCCGGUGCAUUAUUCAUCUACACACACCUCAGGCUGUAGCUGUAUCUGUAAUGAAAUGUGGACUUUUACCGCUGUCCCAAGAGUCGGUAAUUUGUGGUGAUGUGAGCUACCAUGAUUAUAAUGGUAUCUUAAUUGACCAGAAUGAUCGAGAUGCCUUACAGAGAAAUCUAGGACCAAUAAAUAAGGUGAUGUUCUUGAGGAACCAUGGAGUGGUAGCCUGUGGUGUAACAACAGAGGAGGCCUUCCACUUUGCCUUUAAUGUAAUGUCGGCUUGUGAAGCACAGAUGAAUGCUAUGGCUGCUGGUAUAGAUAACCUAGUUCUUAUCGAUCCUGAGGUUCGUAAGAAAGCGUUCAUGAUAGCAAACCAGGGAGGUGGAGGAGUGGAUACUGGAGGAAAGAAGUGGCGGCAAGGAGAGCUCGAGUUUGAGGCCCAAAUGAGGCAGCUAGAUAAUGUUGGUUACAGAACAGGAUAUGUGUAUAGACAGCCAAUUCUUAAACAAGAAAUAAGACGGGAUCGUGCAAAUGAUGUGGCAGAACCUCCAGCAUCUAGCAACCUUGCACACAUGUUUGAAGGCGAUUAUGAAAAUUCUAAAUACAUGUCCCCAUACAAAGUUGCAAUAGAGAAACAGAAGCAACAUUACAAGGCUGGCUGGCUCAACUCCCCAAAUAACUAUGUCAAGCAAGAGAUGGAAGAGACUGGCACAUCUAACCCAAAAAAGAUAACUAAGUGGGUACAGGAGGAUGAAGAUUCUCCAAAACGGGCGGCCAUGUCAAUGAGACUAGAUAACCCUAAUCAAUUCGCACCACUUGGUGACAAUCCCAAGGAAUUUAAGCAGAGACAAAAACAGAUCAGAAAGGAUUACUAUGAGGAGAAGGUGAAUGCUGGACCUCAGUCACGAGUACUUGAGGGAAUGACGUGGGAAGAGGCACAGAAACUGAAGGCUGAAGGAAAACUAGACGGUUCGUUAAGUCAGGUUGGUGACAGUGUAAUCGUAAUUGGAGCUGCAUCCAAAGGCAUCAUUCAGCGUGACCAGCAACACAAUGUACAAGUGUACAAAUCCCAGUACCAGGCAAACCCAUUCGAGUCUAUGACUGAGGACGAGAUUGAGCGGUAUAAGAUUGAGGUACAGGGAGGCCAUGUGGACUCCGGCGAGCCAGAAGAAACAAUUGAGCCAGGCCCAGAUGGAAAGCUCAUCUCCACAGACGAACGCAUGCAGACCAUACAACAGCAACAAAAGAUGUCACAAUCUUCCCUGACGGAAACAAGACCUGCUGAAGAGGUGCGUUCAGCUGGUAGUGUAUCCGGUCAAUCUGGAGCUAAUGUGACCAGUGGGCUGACCACUGCUUCAAAGUCCCCGGUGGUGGAAGAUGAUGAUGACGAUGACGACGAUGUAUUCCUCAAAAACCCCUCCCCUCCCACUCAAUCUCCCCUUCCCAACACCACAGUCUCAGCACCUCGCAAGAAGCGAAUGUCGAAGGAGACCAAUAUAGAUGAUAUACUAGACCCCUAUGUACCGCCUAACCACAUGUACAGCACGGAUGAUAAGUAUCAGGCACGUCGGCGACCCAAAUCGGGCGCCUGGAAGGAGACAGCCAUAGAUGAUGCGUAUGUUGCCCCUGUCCCCUCUCAGCGGUUAGAGCCUGCAUCUCCAACUUCCCCGGCACCCGUCAUACUCCAGCGAUCAGAGUCCACACGGGAACCCCCAAAAAGUCCAGAACUAAUACAGGAACUCACUAAGUCUAACUUUGGGCGCUCUAAAUCUGAACGUAAGGCUAAAGGCAAAGAUCGUAAACUAAAUGGCGAUGAGAAGCCAUCUUCCCCCGCCAAAUCAGACACGCUGAAGUCCACAGACAGCGCUAGCGGAGGAGAAACACUUGAAGAUCGUAGCAGUAAAGAGGGAUCUCCAACUAAAGAACAUCCAUCACCAUCCAAGGAUAAACAGAAGCAAAAGAAGAAGAAAUUCCGUAUGCCUUCCUUUGGCAAGGCCAAGAAUAAAGAAAGUAAAGAAAGUGCCAUUUAGUCUGAGAGUAGGAGAUAGACAUGUGACUAAGUCAUGUGAUCUUUAUAUGUGGAAUGAUGCAAACUUUUUUAUAAUUGCACAGAACAGAAGCAUACAUUUGUGCUGACUGUUUGAUUGUGAUCGGAAAGACCAGAAAUAUUGGAAAAGAAACAAUUGUCUUGGUGACAAGAAUUUUAAAACAUUUUUUGGUCCAAUUUUUUAGAACCGACAUGUUGGGAUGGAGCUUCUAGCUUCCUGUGGACAGAUUAACUCAGUAAUGUGUAUAUGCAGACUUUCCCUUAGCUUAUAUUCAUUCAUACGCUUCCCCGAGGAUUGAAACAGAGAAAUAAGCAAAGAACAGCCAGCAGUAUUGUGCCCACUGUCCAGAUAUAGGUGUGUUUGGGAGAACACUUACAGAAACCUGCCUCCACUAGUUGUUGGGUGUACCACCAGCAAGUGACCUCUUGAUUUCGCUGGAUGUACAUUCAUUUACUUAGGAUUCAGUGUCUAAAGUGCAGUCCCAAUGAAAGACUGGGUUUUUUCGUCUGUCAGAUUAUUAAAGACAUAAAGCAGCAUCUGCUUAUCUGUCUAGAGCUAAGAAAACAUAGGCCAUCUGUCACAGGACUCUGUUGGAGAUGUCGAUAUAUGGAUAGGUAGGCAGUUAUUGUACUUGAAGCAGAUUGUGGGUGAUCAAAGACGAUGGCCGGUUAAAGUCUUAAUACCUUAAUGCACUAUAUUGUUGUGCUUGAACGAGAGAAAUAUUUUUGUUGACGUACCAGGUAGGGAGUUGGGUGCUUUUCCUGUGUUUUAUUUCAAACAUCUUUGUUUCGUUUGUUUUUUAAAUUUUUUUCAUUUUUUAUUUUGUUUAAAAGACGACUAAAUAAUAACAUGCUCUUCCAAUCACAUCAUACAUGUAUUUUACAUUGAAAGUUCGUUAAGCAUCCCAGCAAUGUUUGGAUAAUGUCUCUACAUUUAUUGUCGUUUAUCCACUGGUUAUAUAAGAUGUUCAUGAUCACCAUUUUGAUUUGCUUGGAUAGCUUCAGAAUAAUAUAGACAUAAUAUGGUACAAAAAAGUUAUGUUGAAAAAGAGGUUUUGUCACAUUGUCAUAUUUAUUGACACAUAAAGGUAGAUAUCCAAGGUGAAGGUUAGACAUUGGGGAAAGACUGGGAAUAAUUAGUGUGUUCAAGGGAAGUAACUCUGAAAUUGGGUGAAGUUGACCCAGGCUUGUUGCAAUACUAAUUGUGUGUACAUAAGUGUCAGUCCCGUAAAUGUAGUUCUGUCUCGCUAAAAAAAAAAAAAAAAAAACCAUAAACAAAAUCAUCACAUUCACUCAUGACUAGUUCUGCGGUUCUCUUGCUUUAAAUCAGGUAUGGAUGCACCUGAAGGCAGCACUGUUUCAUAUUUACACAAAAAAUAAAUAAUUCCUUCUUUUGUCAUGUGAUGUUGUAAAAUAAUUAGUUACAGUAUAUUUCUCUCCACUCCCAUAUUGUACUGUGUUCAAUAAAGUCUGCCUGAAGAUUUUUACUAUCAGUCCUGAUAUUUCAUCAUUUCUGGAUGUUUUUUAGCAUUCUCUGUAAGUUUGUGGUAUGUGUAUGAUAAGUGGCAUAUAGAAGGAAUCACACAAAGUUCACCAGAAUCGUUUAAAGUGGUAAAUUAUCUUUCAUGCUGAAAGAAAGUUGAGAAAAUCAACAAUGUGUUGAUUGAGAAACUUAAUCACAUACUUAUGUGCAAUUUUUUCCAUGGUUUCAUUUCAGUGUAACAUAAGAUGGAAGAGCUUAUUGCGUUUAAAGAUGAAAGAAAAUCCUAAUGUUCUUGUAUAGGUGUUUUUUCGAUGAUGUUAAUACAUUUUGAUAUAUGGUCUUGCCAUUUUUUGUAUAUUGUCCAUACUCUAUACAUUGGUAAUGUGUUUGAAACAUGGUUGCUCAACCGGUAUUUAUAUUUUAGUGCAAGAACAAGAGGUAACAAAACUUGUUGAAAUACCUAACUGGCUGACAGUUACUCCUCUUUUUGAAAGGUCACCAAUCAUGAUAAAUCUCCUUAUAAGGUGAUGUUUCGUUUCGAUGGGGAGUCAUUUGAUUCAAGGUGGGGGUCGAGUAGGGUGGGGCCAUACAAGUUUUAUAGAUCUGUAGUGAAGGGGAAGGACUGGCAAGGUGUGCGGCACAGGCACAGCGGACUCAUCGACUUGUACACCAGUAUAUAACUGUUUAAUGUCGUAAUAUCCAAGUUGAUCUUUUGCUUCACUAUAAACCAAUCUUAAAUUGACAAAACCUGUAAUUAAGUGUAGUCACACCAUUUUAGAAAUGGGCUUGUAAAUUGUAUUCUGUUUUGUAAUCUCCGUCACUAGUCAACCAUAUGAUUAACUCACUGUUUUUACUUAGGUUGGAUAUGUUGAAUAUUUAGCAACUCGGGCAGCUUGUCAGCUUGUUUCUAGUUUUUUUCAAAUAGCGUUUGCUCCAGAUGGUUUUCAAGAAUGUUAUAUUGUAAUAAGUCACUUGUGAUGGACAGAAAAAAAAAUCUGAAAAUUUAAAGGAUUCUGGUUAAAUGUUUUUUAAAAUAGCUUUUAAAUGUAACUGUCUUUCCGAUUAUUUUCAAUAUUUAUUAUAUUUAUAAUUAUAUUAAGGGCAGUGACUGAAGGAUUCAAAAUAUUAAAGUAGCCAUUUUAUAUGCAUGCUGAUUGGAGUCACGAAUGCUAAACCACAAGUAGAAGGCCUGUCCUAAUAGGCUUAUAACAUUAACAACUGUAUUUACAACUGGUAUAAUUCUUUACAAAUAUUACAAUGAUGUAUAUAUUUCAAUGCCUUAUUGUAGUGAUGGUUGGAGAAAUUCAAGUUAGAUACUAUAUUAAUUCAUAAAAAUGAAAAGGCAGGAUUAAUUGUUAUACAUAACAUGAACAUUUUAGGUUGAAUAUUCGUCUUAUGUAAAACGAAUUCAUGGUUAAACUGAUAAAGAUUUUUCCAUUUAAUACUCUGCAACAGCAAAGAAUAGUUAUUCGGAUUGGAUAGAUACCACUUUGAGAGUGAUUCGUUCACCCAGAAAUCAUGAUAAAAGAUUAAUUUAGAUAAAUCAGCAAUAAAUGAAAUAUUGACGGCCAUAUAAGUCAGUGAGCCGGUCAGAUUUGUUCCAGUUCCCUGCCAUUUUAUUUUUUCAUUUUUUUUUUUUGCGCCAAAUGUAGUACUGUGAUUUUCAUAUUAUGAAUUAUGUUUUAUGUGUAAAUAAACCAUUAUUGCCAUUGAUUUUACCUGCUAAAUGAUGUGUUUUAAGUUUCAAACAACAAAAUGUAGAUUUUUAUGUUCAUCAUUUUAUAUUUUCAUUUCAUUGUACAUGCAAUGUAUUUUUUGUAUCAAGUUAACAUCGUAUGCACUUAAAAUAUCCACACUUUGCAACAGAUUUGUUUUAUAAGUUUUCACAGCUUGGUAACCAUAGUCACAAGAUUUUGACUUGCUUUGCAAAGCCACAAAGUGUUGACAUGAAGAUCAGGGUCAUGACUUUUGUCAAAUGAUAGCACUCCUUGUUGCAGUAUUUUUGACCUUGUUGUAAAUUUGGCAUCUUUGUGGCCUUGUAGUUGCAAACAGAGGUCAUUUUCUUUGACUCUUUUUUUGUCUAAUCUGUUUUUAUGUUUGUUAGUGUUUUCUGAUGUCAAAGAUGCUGUAAACAAAGUCAGAUUGGUCUAAUUAUUUGUGUAUAGUUCUGAUCCUGUCCACAAUUUACUGCUCAAUGUUAUUUCCGUUUAUUUUUUGUACAGGCCUUGUGCCGUAUAGGCUUGGGGUGUCUGAUGGACAUUUUAUGUUUAAACUAUUCAUUGAAUUACUGCAUCUCAUGGUUGCCUUCAGCUUGUAGUCCUUACGUAAAGUCAUGCUGUGUCAAUAAACCAUCUAUACUUAAA